AUCUGCAACUGGUGAAGCACCGAAUCAAAAACUCGACAUGGAUCAAUUGCAAACCCAACUUCGAGGAAAAAUUGGUGGGAAAAAAAUAUUUGCUUGUUUUGGAUGACAUUUGGAAUGAGGAGUGGGAAGAAUGGGUUAGUUUAAAAGAGUUAUUAGUAGGUGGGGCUAAAGGAAGUAGGAUAAUAGUAACUACUCGCUCUUUGAGAGUAGCAAAGGUUACUAGUAAAUGUCAACCUUAUGUUCUGAAAGGCUUGUCUGAUGACGAUGCUUGGUCUUUGUUCAAAGAAAUAGCAUUUGAGCAAAGAUAUGCAGACUCAACAAAUGCAGCCUUUGUAGAAAUAGGGAAACAGAUUUUGGAAGGGUGUGGUGGGGUUCCUUUGGUCAUAAGGACGAUAGCAAGUACAUUAUCUUUCAAAGAAACUGAAAAGGAGUGGCGUUCUUUCAAAGAUAAUGAAUUUACUAGAAUAUGUCAAAACGAAGGUAAAAUUCUAGAUACACUUAAGUUGAGCUACGAUCAUCUCCCAUCCCAUUUGAAGCAUUGCUUUGCUUACUGCCGACUGUAUCCAAAAGAUCAUGAAAUUCAUGUACGAACUCUUGUUCAGUUUUGGAUUGCACAAGGCUUCGUAAAGCAAUUGAAUUCAAAUCAAUCUUUUGAGGAGAUCGGGUUGGGGUAUUUUAUAGAUUUAGUUGAAAGAAGUUUCUUUCAAGAAGUGGGAGAAAGAUAUUCGUGGGAAGGUCUAACAUGUAAAAUGCAUGAUUUAAUGCAUGAUCUAGCUGAAUCAGUAUCAGGGACGGAGAGUAGUAUUGUAGAUUCAAAUGAAAUUGCAAUCCAGGUUGGUGAAAAAUGUCGCCACAUAUCAAUUGAUCCUUCAUUAAUUCCUUUGUUUGAAGGAAAGAAGUUGCGAACUAUGUUACAAUUUCCAAAUAAGAGAAAUCAAAAUAUGAACGACGAAAUUUGGAAUUUUAUCAUUUCAAAUUAUAGAUGCUUGCGUGUAUUGGAAAUGAAUGGUUUAGAUUUUGAGAUGAUUCCACGCUCCAUUUGUAAGUUGAAACAUUUGAGGUACCUUAAUCUUUCUGGGAAUUUCGAUAUUAAGAGCCUCCCAAAGAGUAUUUGCAAGAUACACAAUUUGCAAGCUUUGAAACUUGACUUAUGUUGGAAGCUUGAAGAAUUGCCGAAGAAGAUUGAAAAAUUGGUGAAUCUUACCCAUCUUGGGUGCGAAGAUUGUGUUAGUUUAACUCAUAUGCCACGUGGAAUAGGGAAGCUGACUUCCCUUGAGACGUUAAGCAUGUUUGUAGUGGAUAAAGAUGGCUCACAUGACGGUGCAGAUCUAAGUGAAUUGAGUGGGCUUAACAACUUAAGGGGACGGCUAGAAAUAACAAAUUUGGGAUUUGUAAAAAAUGCAAAAGAGAAGUUUAAAGCGGCUAAUUUGAAAGAGAAGCAACAUUUGAGAUUGUUGGUUUUAGUAUGGAAUUAUGAUGAUGAUGAUAAUGAUGAUGGUAAUGAUGAUGAUGAUGACGACAAGUCACUUGAAGACCUCCGGCCCCAUCCCAAUCUCAAGGAGCUCUUUAUUGGAGGAUGGAGGGGUGAUGCCAAGUUUCCAAGUUGGCUUUCUUUGCUCACAAAUCUUACCGUGAUUAGAAUAUGGGGUCCUAGUAAUUUCAAACAAAUCCCGUCCUUUGCGCAAUUGCCUUGUCUUCAAAAGCUGUCAAUUGUUGAUUUAACUGAGCUGGAGUACAUGGACGACAAUAGCCCAAAAGGAAGUCAGGGAGAACCGGAAUUAUUCUUCCCAUCGCUUAAGUCUCUUUGCCUCGAGAAUUGCCCAAAUAUGAAGAGUUGGUGGAGGAAAAGGUCUAUAGAUGAUGAUAACGAGGAUGACACAACAGUUAUAGGAACAUCAACCAUGGCAUUUCCUUGUCUUUCCUCUUUAGAAAUUGUAAAUUGCCCUUUGACUUCAAUGCCAUUGUAUCCUUCACUCGAUGAUGAUCUAAGGUUGGUGAAGAGCAGUUCAAGGCCGUUAAAGCAGACCAUGAAGAUGAACAUCACUAGUACAACCCCAUCAACUUCAACAUCUUCUCUUCCUCUCUCCAAAUUGAAAUCUUUCCAUGUACACAAAAUUGAGGGAUUGGGCACUCACAUGCUAGAUGAGUACUUGAAACAUUUCACCGGCCUCAAAAAAUUGACAAUAGGAGAUUGCAAGGAGGUUGAUUUAGAGGGAAUGCAAUGGGAAGCCCUUAAGAAUCUCUCUCAUUUGGAGAUUAUUAAUAUUCCACAGCUGGUGUCUCUCCCCCUUGGGCUUCAACAUCUUGUUCAAUUGAAAAGAUUAGAAAUUUGGAAUUGCAGCGGAUUGAGGUCACUCUUUCCUGUGUUCCAACAUCUCACUUUCCUUGAAGUGCUUGUAGUAACGAACUGCAAGGAGCUGGAGCUAUCAGCAGCUGGCUACCAAAUAUUCCAAGAUCAUACAAGACUACGCUCCCUAUCACUGGAAAAUAUUCCAAAGUGUGCACAUCUUCCGGAGUGGAUUCAACAUCUAACAAAUCUGCAAAUUCUUUCUCUUGUUGAUUGGCCCAAUCUAACGUCGCUUCCAGAUGAGAUGCGCUGCCUAACCAAUUUGCAACAGUUAAAUAUACAUGAGGUUCCUCAGUUGGAAGAAAGGUGCCAGAAGGACAUUGGUGCCGAUUGGUAUAAGAUUGCUCACAUUCCUUCAGUAACCGAUUGGUCUAGUGCUGGAUAUUUGUGAAAGGCAUUUGACAACUUUAAGAAAUUAGAUACAGAAAAAGAGGUGGUAAUUACUUAAUUGGUUUACAUUUUUAAAUCAUAAAAAGCUCACAAUUUCAAAUGAUCUAAUAUAACCCCCUAACUAAGCUUCUUCUUUUUCAGCAUGUGUUCAAUGGAAGAGCCAAAAAGCAGGACAUGCAUUCUUCAUCAGCUGACCUGUCCAUGGCAUUGUACUCCCAUGAAAUCCUCCUCUCUAUGCACAUGUGUUAUUUCUUUUCUUGGUUGAAGAGUCCCACUGUUGAUCUAAUCCUAAUUUUUGCUAGAUUUUGGCUCUUUUCUUCGGGAGAGCAGAGCAUAUAUUACAAGAAGCAGAGGCUAUACUUUCAACUACGAUUUUUUCAUCUGCCAAAAUAUUCCAACUCAAGAAAAAUGGUAAUAUAUAUCAUCAGUAUUUCAAGAGUUGCAAUUUAUAUGUCAAGAAAAAUGGUAAUAUAUGGUUCCUAUGCCGUUGACAUAUUCUCGGAGUCGUGUUGGAGAGAGCUUAAACACGCAAUGUGGUUGUCAAGUAAGUAAAUUGAAUAGGGGGUAGGGGUUAAGGGUUGAUGAAAAUGGAGGGGGAAGAGGAGGAUAUUUCACAAUAUUCUUUGAUGCAGGGCACGCCUUUUAACUAUUUGAAUUUUGAAGGUUAAAUCAUGGAAGGAUCUUGCUUCAGAAUAUUUGGUGGUGAGGAUGAGGUUGAUGCUCUAUGUUUGGGAAUGGGAGUCUGUUACUAUUACAGAUUACGAUGCCCUAUGUUUGGCCCUUUGUUGAACUUGAACUGAAAAAGCAUAGAAAAUGGCCAUUCAUGCACGUAAAUAAAGUUCUGUUUAGCAACAGUUUCAUUGUUGCUUUUGGAACGGUCUCGUUGUUGAAGCAUGAUAAUUGUCGGAGAUAUUGCAUUUGGAAAUUUAUUAUUCCACUUUACACGGAGCUUAUGAAGAGUUUGACCAAUCCUAGAGGUUAUAUAUAGAUGAUUUAUUAUUGAGUGACAUUGUUAUACACCAUCCGAGUGUUUAUUUUCACUUGCAUAGUUAAAAUGAAUUGGAAGAGAAAUUAUUUACCUAUACAAAGGUGAGGUUGUAUCAAGUGUUUGAGGGGUAUAGCUAAAUCACUCCUUUGUACUAUGAAGUUCAUAGUAUAUUUAUCUCUAGGCAAGGCCUCACAGAUGUAAGAAGAGUUCUGAACUAUAUAAACAUCUUGAUUAUUCUUUUUA